AGUCUCGCUAGCCUUUGCGCUUUGCCCUCUCGACUCUCUCCGGGGUGUCCUGCUAAACAAAUGUAUGAGUUGAUCAUGACAUCUCGGUAUUCGUUCAGAUGAGGUAGAAUGUGGGAUUUAAACGAGACAACUUUAUACUGAGGGCUUUUCUGUUUGUGUUUGCGGCGUCAACGAGGAGAAAGGUACGAAUGUAGUGGACGAUAUUAGCCGAUGAGCGAAUAUAUGCCCACCUCGUCCCGUGUCUCCAUCGCCGAAGGGACUCCAUGUCUUUCUUGGACUGUUCCUGUCUCUCUCACACUGCGGUCCAGUCUGUAUCCAUAGAGGAGGACCGCUAUGAGGACUCCAGCCACCACUUCCUGAGUUCGGCCGUUUCCGAUUGCACUCUGCCAGGGGCGCUUGGUGAUGACAUCACAGGCCUGUCGCCUGAACCGGGCCACUACCAGCUACUGGCGGAGCUGGGGAGAGGCUUCAAUAACAUGAGCCAGGUCAGCAUGGCCCGCCAUACGCCCUCCGGCCAGCUGGUGGCGAUCAAGCACACCAACCUUGACGAGUGUACCGAGGAAGAGCUCCUGCAGCUGUCAAAUGAGGUGCUGCUGUCCCGGCUGUUCCGUCACCCCAACCUGCUCACCUCGCGCCUGGUCUUCAGCUCCUGCUGCCAGCUCUGGAUCCUCACGCCGCUCAUGUCCUACGGCUCGGCGGACGCCUUGCUGAGGUCCUACUUCCCAGACGGCAUGAGCGAGUCCCUGAUGGCGUACCUGCUGCACGGCGUGCUGAAGGCCCUGGAGUACCUGCACCAGAUGGGCUACGUCCACAGGGGGCUGAAGGCCAGCCACAUCCUCCUGUCGGGGGGCGGCCGUGUGUACCUCUCGGGGCUGCACAGCGUGUACAGCAUGAUGCGGGACGGGCGGAGGGCCCGGGCCGUGUUCGACAUGCCCCACCACAGCCCGGCCCUGCUGCCCUGGCUCAGCCCCGAGCUCCUGCGCCAGGACUUGCACGGCUACGGGGUGAAGUCAGACAUCUACAGCCUGGGCAUCGUGGCCUGUGAGCUGGUCAGUGGCCGGGUACCCUUCCAGGACAUGCCUCCCACACAGAUGCUGCUCCAGAAGCUGCACGGCUCCCACUGCUGCCUGAUGGACGUGGCGCCCUUCCCCCUGGGCAAGCUGGGCGGGCUGACCGUGUCCCGCUCGGGGCUGGACUCGGGCAUCGGCGAGAGCGUGGCCACGGGGAGCCUGAAGCACAGCGCCUCCGCCCCGGCCCCCGGCCACGCCCCCGCCGCCGUCACCACGCCGACCACCGACCGGCCCCAGAGCCCCGGCCCCAAGAACCACUCGGCGACCCUGCACGGCCUGGUGCAGCAGUGUCUGCAGCAGCAGCCCGAACAGAGGCCGUCUGCGUCCGCGUUGCUGACCCACGCCUUCUUCAAGCAGGUGAAGAGACACACCAGGGACACCUUCCUCAACCUCAUGUACCCGGCGGUGCCGCUGGGGAGCCCCCAGGACGACUCCCCCGUCUCCAGCCCUCCGACGCCAGCCUGCCACGCCGCCACGUCGCCCCUCCCCUCUGACCCUCAGGGGGGCUGGGACUUCUCCUGAGACCACAACCCAUUGCCCCCACAUCCACUACAACCGCUAUCCCCCCCCCCUCCGCACACAUACCACUCCACUGUUCUGCGUUCUGCCAUCAAAAGACAAAGACAGUCCGAACUGAACCACGGAAUGGCAAAAGUUUUACUUUUACUUUUGCUUUUCUUCUUCCAUUUAGCUUCGCCCCAGCAGGCCGCCAAACCCCAGCCAAACCACUCUGAGCCUUCGUUGUUGUUGUUGUUUUAAAUCGUUUUUUGUAUUAUUUUUUCAUAUAGAUAAAUAUAUAUUUACUUAUUUUGAAGCAGAAACUGAGCAGGGGAACGCUGUCUGUGGGACAGCCCGAGUUCUGUAGCGCCACUGUGAGAAAACAUGAGUAAGGCGGGGGUCAGGCCUGCGUUCAAAGAGGCAGCGAUUACUGUUGAAUAAUUCACCUGUAAGACCCGCCCACUAGUGUUGUCUGGCAGAGGAGGAGGCCAAUCGCUGAGCGGAUGACGCUCACGCUCUGUGGUUCAAAACAACGCUAUCUCCCUUUUUAGGGUGUUCUGUUUUUAAACUGGUCUGUGAUUGGCGGUCGAUGACAUGAUCAGUAGGCGUCCAUGCCAGAGGAAGUUGAUGAAGACUGACUUUUAUUUUCAGAACGUGGGUAACCUCAAACACGUGCAUACAUCUCCAAAUAGUCUUUUAAAAAUAUUAUAUUUAGAAAAAUCAUGUCUUCCAGAUCAGACAAACUUCUCCGAUAAUACACUUCAAUUUGAAGGAUUUUUCCGUGCAAUAUAUAUCCUACAUUUGAUUGAUACUACAAUAGUUAACACUUGACUGAAAACAUGACCGCUAUAUCCAAAAGUCAUUUAAAGUAGGUCUCAACAAAUGCAUGAAGUUCCAUCCCUGUGUCCAAAAAGGAAUUGCGCACAGGGGUACAGGCCCAAGCGCGCAUGUCGUAAAAAAAACAUGAGCAAUGGAACACUUCGGAGGUAUCCACAUAUCGUACAGUAGAAACCGUUUUUGAUUCAACUGUGAUAUCCAUCCCUCCUCCUCAAAUCGCCUAUGACCUCUGACCUAAUGCCGAAUAUCUUAACCUCUCUUGCUGUGAAGUACCCAACACUGCCUCUGUGUAUGUUAAAAGCAGUGGCUAUACCUCGACAGUUCUUAAGUACAGUGGUCGUCGUCCCCCCCCCCCCCCCCCAAACUGUGAUAGAGUGGGGAGUCGUGCGAGGGAUGUGUACGGUACACUCGUACGUUCAGCUGUGUUCGAGACUUUUUAUGAAUGUGAAUAAUAAAGAAUAAC